AUGCCUCUAUUUACACUAUUUAAUCAAAUUCAAAUUGGUUCCGAAGUAACUUCAAAAUUUUUUUACCGUCAUGCAAAGUUUUGCGCUUCUCAUCAAAUUUUAGUGAUUUUUCUGGCAAUCUCUGUAAUCUUACCUCUGUGUUAUCCUGCUUUUAAUACUUAUUACUUAAAUCCUGUCAGAGAUUUCAGGCAUACGUUUUUUUGGGAAUUAUCAUCUAGGUCACAUGUUUCAAGAGAUUAUUUUGUUAAGAAAUAUGGGACUCAACCUUCGUUUCAUGUAGAACAGGUUAUAAUAACAAACUUGAAGAAACAAAAUAUGGGUGAUGAAGUUGGUGUUUUGAGAAAAGAUAUAUUAUCAUUGAUCUUAAACCUGCAAGAGAAAAUAAUGGAUGCUUUCGUAAUGUGCCCUAACCUUUCACCUAUUAAAAGAUAUUCCCUUUCAGAUUUAUGUCUCAAACCUUUUAAUAAUAAUACCUGUUUGAUUCAUUCUCCACUCGUUUAUUGGCUAAAUAACGCUGACCGUCUUUCUUCUGAUUCUUCUAUUCUUAAAACACUCACAUUGAAAAGUGAAACAUCCUCUGGAAUGUUAGUUCCAAUAAAUUCAGUCUUUGGAAAUGUUGUGUAUGACAAAAAGAAAAUUAUUAGUGCGGAUUCAGUUAUUUUAACAUAUUUUUUGAAAGACAUGGAGGAAUGCAAUGAAAGUCAGACAAUGACUGUUUGGGACGCGAUUUGGAGAAAAAUUAUUAAUGAUAAUGACACUACUUUUUGUCACCCUGAUGAUCGAAUUAUAGAGAUAAAUAUGAACAAUAAAGGAGAAGUAAAACAUUUAUCUUUUAAUUUAGAACAAAAUGAUUCUCUGGAAUUUUCAACUGAACAGAUUCUUUUUAUGUUGAUGUACCUGAUUUUUUCCAUAUGCACCCUCUCUUUCGGUCUUCCUAAUUCCGUCAAGUCUAGAUUUGGUCUCUUUUUCUCAAUUGUGGCUCACGUUGUUGUUUCGUUAAUUAUGUCGCUUAGUGUCUGUUCUCUAUUUGGUGUUACUUUAACAUUUACCUCUUUAUCUUGUAUUGAAAUAAUGGUUAUUUUAACAAACGCAAUAGCAUCGACACCUAUGCAAUUGAAUAUAGAAGAUCGCAUCGCUUUAGGCCUUGAAAAAGUUGGAUAUAAUAUUACAAAGAUGCUUUUAAGCUGGCUCUUGUUGUUGCUAAUAUUUUCAGCGACAAACAUUGGCUCGAUUAAAGAAUUCUGCAUUUUCACUUCGAUUGCUAUGAUUAUCGAUUAUAUGUUACAAAUGUCAUUUUUCGUAGCGAUCUUGUCAAUUGAUCUUGAAAGAUUAGAAUUAGAGAUGUCUUAUUUAUAUAGUAAAACUGAUAGAGAAAUUCUUCCUGCUUCACAAACAAACAAUUAUACUCGUAGGAUUGGUAGUUCGUUAGUGGUUCUUAUCUUCUUGGCAUCCAUGACGAAUGUUCAUAAUAUUACUACUGACUCGUUAUCCAUAAAAUCCGCAUUAAGCAAUUUAGUUGAUAACUUUAUAGAUCUUCCCACUACUCAUACAAAUAUCACUUAUUGGGAAUCAUCAAUGAAUUAUGAGUUUUGGAGAAUUGUUGAUCUUAACAAAAAAAAUCAAUUUAUUGAAAUUCGACCAACUAGAUAUUUGACUUUAUCUUAUACCACUGAACAUGAUAAUUAUGAUUCAUUUCGUCCAUUUGGUAAUGAUUUGAAUUGGAAGUUAAUUUAUGCGUCCAUAAAAUCUUUAGCUUGGUUUUUCAAAAUUUUCAUGUUCCCUAUUAUUGGUAUAAUAAUUAUAAUAUCAUUUCUUAUGGGUCUUUUAUUACCAACGGAUUUGGUAAUUCAAAUUUCUGGAUUUUUAAAAAGACCAAGAAAUAAUGAUUCAAAUGAAAUUACGCCAACAACUUUAUCUUUUAGAAAUUAUUCUACUUUAUAUGACACCUCCCCUCGAAUUGUAACUUUACGUGGUCGUCAUUCAGCCGAUGUGAAUUUUCUUUGUGCGAACUUAAAUGGUGUUAUAGUAACAAGCGCUACUGACAAACAUAUUACAUUAUGGGACGGAAAACAAGGUGUACCAUUAAGAAAACUUGAAAGAUAUAUGCGUCGCUGUGAAACGUGUAAAUGUGAUAGUACUGGAGGUAUGAAAAAUUGUAUUUCAUGGCCAGUUAGGGCAAUGUGCAUGAAUGAAAAGCUUGAAAUUGCUGCAGCUGGUUUUGACGAUGGUGUGGUGAGAGUAUGGGAUAUAAAAUCAGGGCAAGUAACUUUUAUUUUGAAAAGCAAUGGAAACACUAUUGAUAUUGAAGAUGCCGAACAAAUAAUGUCAGAAUUUAAUAAUAAUGAUAAUUCAGCAAAGAAACGAGUAACUUGUUUGCAAAUUAUAGUACCAACUUUAAAUCCUCAGAAUACGUCUAAAUUAAUAUCAGAUCAAAAAAUACCAGCUAUACUUUUAGCAACUUAUCGAAAUAGUUAUUUUCGGGAAUGGGAUCUUGUUUCUGGACAAAAUACCCAUACAAUUUUUACAAAUCAAAAAGGUGGUAUCGAUUACCUCUUCGUGGUUGAUGACAAAAAACAAGGUUAUGACCUAGAUAAGAUCCAUAUUUUUACUGGAGCACGAGACGGGUCUGUCAAAUUUUGGAUUCGUACAAUUCGUGAUGUAAAUAACACGAGCGUGUGGAACUUACUUUACACAAUUCCAAGUGAUUUUGGAAACGCGAUAACUAGUAUUGCUGCUAAAAUGAUCAGCACAAAGAUCGGUAUUGUGGUUACCGGUGCUAUAGAUGGAGAGGUUAAAAUAUAUGAUUAUCUCACUGGUAAACUUAUCAAGAUAUUGAGUCACGGAACUUUUGGAAAAAAGAAACUUGCAAAAGAGAACAAAGAGCAAUUAUUAUUUAAACGACAGCAACAUAAAAAAACUGACGACUUCUUUUCUGAACAAGAUUUGUCUGAAAAAGAUGUUGUUUCCCAUCAGGAUGAAAUUACAAAUAUUAUAAUUCAUCCAUGUAAAGAAGAAAGUUGUCCAUGUGGAAAUACUGUUGAGGCUAUCGGUUUUUCAAUAAUAACUUCUUCAUUAGAUGAAAAAGUGAAUUUUUGGCGGUUAAUCCGAAAUGAUGUGGAUUGUGAGUGCUUGACUUCCCAAAUAGGAGAAUUUUCGAUUAAUGAUUACGAUAUCACAGAUGCCGAACGAAAAAUUUCUUGGUGGGAUAGUGCGGUAAUAAAAUUCAUUGGGUUUGUGAGACAACCCGACGGUUCUGCAAUCGUUUUUCUUAAAAAAAAUGUAAUUGGAGUUCGUCAUGUUAAAAAUUUAUAUAUGCCCAUUAAAAAAUGUCAUAGCACUGAAGGUGAAUGGCAAGCCUGGUCUCUAGAUAUCGACGAACUUCGUACGCUAGAAUCAAAUGAAGAGAUUGAUGAUUCAGGUAAUUCCGAUCACAUUGAAUUUAGAGUUAAAACCAUUCCAUUGGUUAACGAGGAUGAUUUGAUCGUGGAAGAACAAUUAAAAAAAAAGAAACAACACGAAAGUGAAAAUGUAAUGGAAUUAAAAGGAUUUAUUAGAAGGCGUAGAGGUAACUCUUUUAAUAAUCACGAGCAAGGCCGAGUUGUAGAUUUUAGGCAUCGAGAUCAAAAGCAACAUUUACAUCCAGAUAAUAGUCGCAAUAUUGGAGAUGAUGAUGAAAUGAAUGAAAUGUUACCAUUUGCUUAUAUACGACAAGUCGUCAAAAUGGGUGAGGAUGGGAUAGCUAUUGCAUAUGGAAACUUUGUAAAAGUUAUAUUGUUUUAA